AUGGCGGAUGAGGUGAUUCUUCUAGAUUUCUGGCCGAGCCCUUUCGGUGUGAGAGCGAGGAUCGCGCUGAGAGAGAAAGGAAUCGAGUUUGAGUACAGAGAAGAGAAUCUGAGAGACAAGAGCCCUUUGCUUCUAGAGAUGAAUCCGGUUCACAAGAAGAUUCCGGUUCUGAUCCAUAACGGUAAACCGGUUUGCGAAUCCAUGAACGUCGUCCAAUACAUCGAUGAGGUAUGGUCCGACAAAAACCCCAUCUUACUACCUUCUGAUCCUUACCAAAGAGCUCAUGCCAGAUUCUUGGUCGAUUUCAUCGACACCAAGUUGUAUGAGCCAGCGGAUAAGAUAUGGCAAACGAAGGGGGAGGUACAAGAAACAGCCAAGAAAGAGUAUAUUGAAGCACUCAAGUUUCUUGAAAGUGAGCUUGGAGAUAAACCUUACUUUGGUGGAGAUAACUUUGGAUUCGUAGAUAUUGCCAUAACUGGAUAUUACAUCUGGUUCGAAGCAUCUGAGAAAUUGGGUAACUUCAGCAUCGAGCCAGAGUGUCUGACACUGAUGGCUUCAGCUAAAAGGUGUUUGCAGAGAGAAAGCGUGGUUAAGUCACUCCCUGAUCCUGAGAAGAUUGUUGAGUUCGCGUUUAAGAUUAGGAAGAUAUAUUGUGUCUAA